CCGUCCCCUCCCACCCCCGGCUCCCCGCGGUGGUCUGGCCCGGCCCGGCGGCGGAGGGAGCGGCGGAGCGGGCGGGCGGGCGGCGCUGCCGGGCGGGGGUCUCGCUCUCCGGGGGUCUCGCUCUGCGGAGACGCGGCGAGCAGCGGAGCGGGGCGGGGGAGACAGCGCAGCGAGCGAGGCAGCGGGAGCGGCUCCCCGACCGCGGGCAGCACCAUGAGUGAACAGAGUAUCUGCCAAGCACGAGCUGCUGUAAUGGUCUACGAUGAUGCCAAUAAGAAAUGGGUACCAGCUGGUGGAUCAACUGGAUUCAGCAGAGUUCACAUAUAUCAUCACACGGGCAACAACACAUUCAGAGUAGUGGGCAGGAAGAUUCAGGAUCAUCAGGUGGUAAUAAAUUGUGCCAUUCCAAAAGGGCUGAAGUACAAUCAGGCUACACAGACCUUCCACCAGUGGCGUGAUGCUAGGCAGGUGUAUGGUCUGAAUUUUGGCAGCAAAGAAGAUGCCAAUGUCUUCGCAAGUGCCAUGAUGCAUGCCUUAGAAGUAUUAAAUUCACAGGAAGCUGGUCCUACAUUGCCUCGACAGAAUUCACAGCUUCCCUCUCAAGUACAAAAUGGUCCAUCACAAGAAGAAAUGGAAAUCCAGAGAAGACAGUUGCAAGAGCAACAGAGGCAGAAGGAGCUGGAACGGGAGAGGCUGGAUCGUGAACGAAUGGAACGGGAGAGGCUGGAGAGAGAGAGGCUAGAAAGGGAAAGACUGGAAAGAGAGCGCCUAGAGCAGGAGCAACUGGAGAGAGAACGGCAAGAAAGGGAACGGCAAGAGCGCCUAGAAAGGGAGAGACAAGAGAAGGAGAGGCAGGACCGGGAGAGACUCGAACGACUCGAACGGGAGAGGCAAGAAAGAGAACGGCAAGAACAGUUGGAAAGGGAACAGUUGGAAUGGGAAAGAGAGAGAAGAAUUUCAAAUGCUGCUCCAUCUUUCGACAACUCCCCGUAUAGCACUCCACUUCCUGAAUACUCCAGUUGCCAGCCUCCUUCAGCACCUCCUCCAUCAUAUGCAAAAGCAGUCUCAGCACCAAUGGCAGAGGCCACACCGGAGUACGCUGUAGUGACUUCUGCACCACCGACUUCCACUCCCCCUACACCGCCUCUAAGGCACUCUGCAUCACGUUUUGCUACAUCCUUAGGCUCAGCUUUCCACCCCGUUCUCCCCCAUUACGCUACGGUUCCUCGUCCGCUGAACAAAAGUUCUCGGCCCCCUUCUCCCGUCAGUGCCGCAGCGACUUUGCCUCCCAGCACAAAGCCCGCUGCCUGGUCCGCGCCCAGUUUCGCCCCUCUGCCCCCGUCUCCUCCAGUAAUGAUAAGCAGCCCACCAGGCAAAGCUACUGGCCCGAGACCUGUCCUCCCAGUGUCGGCUUCCAAUCCGGUGACCCAAAUGUCCACGUCUCCCACGGCUCCUAACGGGCUUCCUGAAAACCUGGCUUAUCCGGUUCCUUCACCUUCUACCUCAGGUCCAACGCCGCCUCCGCCACCUCCUCCCCCCCCACUGCCUUCCUUUCCGCCUCUGUCACUCUCUGGACCUCAAGCUUCUCCUUCUCCCAACUCCCCGAAUGCCUCGACUCCCUCAUCCAAGCCUAGUGUUCUCCCUUCUCCCUCUGCAGCUACCCCUGCCUCUGUUGAGAACUCUCUAAACUCUGUGCUGGGAGACUCCUCUGCUUCUGAGCCAGUCUUGCAGGCAGCCUCUCAGCCGGUUGAACCUCCGAGCCAGCAGGGUGUUGUCCAAGGACCACCUGCACCUCCUCCUCCACCUCCCCUGCCCCCUGGCCCAGCUCAGUCUUCAGUAGCAGCCCCACCUCCUCCUGGCCCUCCACCACCUCCUCCACUCCCACCUUCUGGGCCGCCGCCGCCGCCACCGCCGCCUCCUCCACUGCCCAGCCAAGUUCCUCCCGUUCCCCUGCCACCUCCUGCUCCCCCCCUCCCAGCCUCUGGAUUCUCAGCAGGAUUCGUGUCCGAGGAUAAUCGCCCUUUAACUGGACUAGCAGCUGCGCUUGCUGGAGCCAAACUUAGGAAAGUUUCACGGGGUGAAGACUCCUCCAGUUCGAGUGGAGGAGCAGGAGGCUCUGCUUCAUCCAAAACAGACGGUGGCCGUGGAAAUGGACCCCUUCCCUUGGGAGGCAGUGGGUUGAUGGAAGAAAUGAGUGCCCUGCUGGCCAGGAGGAGAAGAAUUGCUGAAAAGGGAUCAACAGAACCAGAGCAGAAAGAAGAUAAAACUGAAGAAUCAGAGUCUUCAUCUUCUAAGGUUUCUUCAACAAGCACACCUGAACUAACAAGAAAGCCUUGGGAAAGGACAAAUACAGUGAAUGGAAGCAAGUCACCUGUUAUUUCCAGACGGGAAUCUCCAUGGAAAAAUCUGCUUGCUUCUGAAAACAGGUUCUAUGAUUCAUUAAACAGACCAAAAUCUACACCCACGGGACAGCCCAGUGCCAACGGAGUACAGUCAGAAGGUCUAGAUUAUGACAGAUUGAAGCAGGACAUUUUAGAUGAAAUGAGGAAGGAGCUAACAAAAUUAAAGGAAGAACUCAUUGAUGCUAUCAGGCAGGAGCUCAGCAAGUCCAACACUGCAUAGAAAGACUCGUACUAAGCGGAUGUGACUCUUUAACUUGAUAUAAAACUGAUUACGUUUUGUGAGCUGUUAGAAGAAAACGGAGACAGACAGACAGACACUUGGAAGGAGGGAGAAACAACCUAUUCUGAAAAGCUUCAGACACAUCACUCUGGUGAUAAUGCUAUUCCCCUCCUAGUUUGCAGCUUUUUUCUGACCUUUACAGCGGGGUGGAAAAGACUCUUAAAGUUACUGUAAUGAUUAUGCAGAAAUUCCUACAUCUAUCAGACAAGAUCACAGUGCUUUGAAGUCUACUCGUGUCAAGAUAAAAUUGCACAUGUUUCAGAAUUUGUUGUUAAGACAAAAAAAAAACAGGGAAAAGCUUGGGAAGGCUUUUCAGAGAGGUUUUCUUUAUUAAUGAAGGAGUUAGCAAGUUAUACUGUUGUACUUCAAAUGUAUCUCAGGUUUGUCUUCCUAUCAUAUCUGACAUUUCCAUGAGUAAUUUAAGAGAUCAGAUGUGUAGAGGUUCGGUUCACAAGACAAGGAACAAUUAGAGAUGUGUGCUUUUAAAGGGCAAUAUUUGUAAGUAAGGAUGACCUAGACGGUGAUGACAUAUCAAGAUUUUGGAAUUUUAUGAUAGGAAGCCUCUCUAGUUAGCCUUCAUGCAAUUUUCUAGGAAAAUAAAAAAUAAAAAAAAAGCAAAUACAGUCCAGAGUUUAAAGAUGUAGAUGCCUUCCUACAUUGUUACGAUGCUUUACCAAAUCUAAGACUUCGACAUAAAGCGAAUCAGCAGUCAAAUGUAAAUCAUUAGUAUGUUGUAGAUUUACAGUAGAUUUUGGGGCUUUUUUUAGAUUUAUGCAUGUGGACAUUUUGUAAUGUAACACAACACAGCCAGCUUUUUAAUUAAAAGAAAAAUUGCAUGUCACAGAGUAGCCUUUUCAUUUGUAAGGCUUAAUUUAUGCCCAGAAAGAUGUGGGAAGAGGGAGGGGGAAGGUGACACAUUUUUAUUACUUUCUACACUUUUUCUUCAUCUUACAUGCAUGUGUAAUAAUGAGGAAAACAUGACUUUUAUCAGUAACCAUGUUAAUGGAACCAGGUACUUGAUCCUUUUGUAUCUUUUUUCAGUUUUCUAUUUGAAAUUCAGUAAUAACUUCCAGUAUGGUUCUGAAACUCCCAGGUGAACCAAACUCAUUUCUCGGUGAGAGAAAAAAUGUUGUAGGCAUCCGACUUGCUGAGGGUGCCCCUGUGUAAGUGCGUUGUCCUUCACCUUUUCACCAUGACCCUCUGCUUCACUCUUUUCUGAGACUCCCUUUAUUUUUUGGUUGUUUAAUGAAACAGAACAGCAGUAGUUACCUGACAACGAUCAGGUCACAGUAAAUGGCCCCUUCUCCUCCUAAUUUAUCUGCCACCCUCCUUUCCAAAAAAACUCAAAAUCAACAUAAAAACCCCUGCAGCUCCACACAACGCAAAUCCCGAAAAAAACCAACAGUGAUAUGCCAUUGAUUUUGCUCAACAAUUUGGGAAUCAUUUUUAGGGGAGGUGAUACCUCUCUCUUUCCCAGGGUUUUCAGUCUUAUGAGUGUAAAUUUUUAUUUUUUUAAUUUUGUUUUUUAAUGAGGUAAAGUUCAGUGGGAUAGAAAUUCUGCAAAUUGGCUCUGUAGUGCUUUGGACAAAGAAUAUGGAUCAAAAUCUUCCCAUUACCUUUGCACUGUCGAUUUUUUCCAAGCUGUGUUUGCUUUGGGAUCUGUGCUGAUCCAGAAGAAAAGUUUACCUACAAUUUGUGGGGAGAUUUGCUUACAAGUACAGGCAGUUCCAUUCGUGGCACAGAUGCUUUCAGUAACAGACUGUCUAGAGUGCUGAACACCAAAGCAAAACAGCACUUAACAGCUUCAGAAAGGCUUCAAUAGGAAAUUUGUCUCCCAUUCAAACAUUGCCUGAUCUUAUAGGUUCAGAUUCUAAGGGAAGAUGACAGUGGAAAUAUUGCCUAACUCCAUUUAUUCUUUCUUUUUUUAAUAAAGAGGAGAAACAACAUCACUUUUCUGCAUGUAUUUAUUGAAGGCAUUCAAAAGAAAAAAUCCAUAGUAAGCUUGUCAAGUACUGUUUUUCUCAAAACAAGAGGAGGCAUUUUCAUCUUUGUUGAUGUAGCUUUUUGUUUUACACAGACUUUUGAGCAGUAAGGAUGUUUACCUUUGUCAGAAAUCACGUUUGAUUCGUUUCUAGGAGGGUUCAGGAGUUACAUAGUGGAAUAGCAUGGAUGGCUAUAAGUGGUCCAAAAUUAAAGGCUGAACUUCUAGAUUGUGCAAGGAACUGGCUUAUGCACUAAACGUUUUGUGCCUUGGUCUACAAUUAACAUGAUUUCUGUUUAAAAGAAAAAGGAACAGUUGUUGUCUUUUUGUGCUGCUUCUACAUUCAUACUCUCUGUAAUCCCAACCUGAAGAACUGGUUCUUUCCAGAAAAUCUGAUUGAAUUAAAGAUUACUGUAGACAUUUCCUGACCUACUGACAGUUGCGCCGUUUCCAGAGAUUUCAGUAUUGAAAAUGAACUGCAGAAGCUACGAUUAUUUUGCUUACUGGUGACUAAGUUCUUUAAAAACCAUAUUGUGGUGGUUCUGUGCUUUUGUACAAUGGAUGUCUUAAGCUGAGGGCAGUUUAAGGGAUCCUUCCUAAUGCCAGGAGGGCGUUGCUUUCCUCAACACUGUGAUCUGACCUGUGAUAAACCUGCACUAUAGACAAGUGGCUACCGAGUCAACCGCAAACCAACUGAAUGUAAAACCCUUAGUGCUGGUGCUGAAAUCUCUUCAGACAGUCAUAAUGAUUUCCAGUUCGUUGUUUUAAAGUUAUCAAGUGUCAAUCAAAGACUGAAGCUGUUCACUAAUGAAUGUUGACUUUUCAUGCAUUUAGGUUUACCUUCUUUUUAGUUUCUCAGUUCAUUCUCUGCUAUUUUUAUCAUAUUGUGUCAUUUUAAAUUUCUUACAUGCUAACGUUUUGUUUGAGCGAAUGAAAUAAAAUUGCAAUAUAUACACGUUGCCACCAUUUAUUUCUGGAACCUCAUAUAAGACCCUCUGAGAUUUACUACUCAAAGUCCCCAAAUUUUUAGUGACUGUGAUCUUUCCUUACUCUUUGAUUCCACCUCUCCUUUCUGUUUCUCCAUCAGAAGGUCCAGUAGAGAGCAGUGAAGACUUAACCUUAUAAAGAAUGUAACUGCAGGGACUGUGUACAUUCAUGAAUGGUAACUGCUGUACAUAAAUUAAAAUUCAUUUCAAAUGUAUGAUGUGAUUUACAUUCUCACAUGGCAUAUACACACUUUGGUCUCUGUAUCCACAGAGAACAUGGGAGGGAGAAGGAAAGUCUGGGGGGGAAAUAAUUGCAGUCAGUCUGACUUCUUCUUUUGCUGCUUUUAUGUUCAUGACUUAUUUUCAAUACUUGUAAUAAAGCAAACCUACCAUGGCAGAUCAUCAGAGGCUUCUGUGCACUAAGGACAGUUUUGCUCAAUUUGUCUUAGAGCAGAAUACUGAGCAAAGCUGUUCAAAUGUCCUUGACUUGACAUCCUGAACCUGUACUUGGCUGCUGCUGUUGGUUGGCAAACCUUGGUCCCAGUGCCAAGUUUGGCACCAACCUUAGUGAGUUAUAAAAGUUUGGGAUUUUUAAAAUUAAAUUAUCACUGGAUUCU